CUUCCGGUGACAGCCUGAUCCAGAAAGCUCCCGGAGAAAAAACUAGCCAGAAAACAUACAUACAUGUUACCCAUCUAAAACUACUCACAACAACUAUCCGUCAUGACUAGCGUUCGACGAGAGACAGGAAAGAGGAACAAAAAGGCUCCAAAUCCCCACAAAAAGCAACAACGUCAAAGGGACUCAGGUAACGAAGCAAGCAUGGCGGCGGUGCUAGCCGAGUUGCGCGCCUUCAGGAAGGAGCAAUCUGAGGCCGCUAAAGACACCAAAGACAAGUUAGCAAGAGUGGAAACUGCGCUCAGUGCAGUGUUACGGACUUCAACAUCAAACAGAGCAAACGUGAUGACCGGUGCAGAUCUGAGGAGCUCCCUCCACGGUGAUGGCGAGGGAACAAGUGCAAACACGCCGGGCUGUUCCCGCCUCACUCUCUCUGCUCUGCGCCUCCUGGUCUCUCCCAUUCGGCUGGUCUCAGCAGCUGUGUGGCAGACCAUCCAGAAGAAAGUUGUGGCCAAUUAUGGGAUGCUGGAGGAGUUUGUUUCCACGGUCACGGACAUCGUCCCGGAGCUGCUCACCACCCGCCAGAAGGUCCAACUCAGCCUGGGCCUCAGAGCACGUCUGAUCCUGGAGUUAUGUCAGUUUGAAGCCACUGCGGAUUUUGAGGCUGUCUGUCCACACCUGGACAGGAUGCAGAACCAUAUCGAGGCAUGGCUAGUGGAGGCUGGAGCCACUAAGGAGGAAGUGCCGAACUCCGACUUUGUGGAUGUUGUUAAGAACAUACUGAAAGAUCCAGAGAAGAGGGGAGACUUCUUUCAGAAAGUUUUCCCUGAAAAGUUUGGUGCCACAUUUGAUGAAGCACUUCACACCUUGACGUGGUUGCUUCUGUCCCGACUUGAAAAGCUUCUUCCUCUACAACCGUUCCAACAGGUUGCCUCCAUGUUUGAUGAGGCAUCCCCUGUUCUGGAGGACUGUUUGGAGUCCGUGUCUCAGUACGAGGAGCUCCGAGUUGUGCUGCGGUAUCAAAAAGACCUCAGCCAACUGGAUCCCAACGAUCCCUGGAUGGCGCCUGCAUCACUUCAGCACUCAAACUUCCCUCUGCAAAAACAACCGGGACACAGAAAAAACAAGCACAAGCCACCAUCUUGGAUUAUGUGCUGUCAGGUCCAUCAAAUGUGGAUGAGGAACAUUUAGC